AUGUCAAACCAACGUCGUACGACCCAACAAAGUCCGAGUCCCCUGUCUCCUUUCCAGGACAACAAUGUCUUGACCGAGGACCAGUGGAUUACGUUGGCUUCUAUCGUUGAUACUAUAAUAUCCCCAGAGACACACUGUAUUGGGGAGAUCACCAAGGAGGCUCAAUUUAAAUCUGCCGUUGAUGCUAUCAAGCACCAUACGGCCGUUGAAGACGAAGCACUCUUAUCCGAAUAUCUCGCAGAAUCGGCAACUUCGUGUCCCGGGUUCAGGGAAGCGAUCCACAGAUUCCUUGUAGAACAGGUUGAUAGUGGUGGAAAGAAGGAGCUUUUGGGUGUCCUUGAUGCUUUGACGUACAAUUCUCGUACUUCAUGGCUCUUGACCGGUCAUCUGACACCUUUCGCACAGCUCACUCUACGCCAGCGAGAAAGAGUAAUUCAAUCAUGGGCUACAGCACGUUUGCAAGUAUUCCGUGUGCUCUUCAGGAGUUUCACCGACAUGGCGAAAGCAUACUGGACACGGACAUCUCCUACGCUUGGUCGUGUCUUGUCCUACCCCUACACCCCUAUCAACCACAAUUACGGACCGGGCUUUGACUUUCCUUUCAUUGUUUUUCCUCCACUUCCAUAUGGAUCUACUCUUGUCCCAGCAACCUUCGAGACUGAUGUUCUUAUCAUCGGAAGUGGAUGCACCGGCUCGGUGGCUGCUUCCGUUUUGGCACGUUCUGGACUCGAGGUCUUAGUGGCUGAGAAAGGUUAUCAUUGGAAGCCAAAUCAUCUGCCGAUGACAGAGAAGGAGGGGAUGGCUCAUCUCUUUGCAAAUGGAGGUGUCACGUUGUCGGACACUGGUAAAAUGGCUAUCCUUGCUGGGUCAUGCUUUGGGGGUGGUGGCACUGUCAACUGGUCUGCAUCACUGCAGCUACAACCAUUCGUCCGACAAGAAUUCGCAAGAAAGUAUGACUUACCUUAUUUCGAGAGCUCGGCAUUCCAGCAUGACAUGGAUGCCGUCUGCGAAACAAUGGGUGUCGGGACAUCAGGCAUCAAGCACAACCCCGGAAAUCAAAUACUUCUGGACGGUGCUAAGAAGUUAAGCAUGAAAGCGAAGCCCGUGCCACAGAACACAGCUGGCGAGGCCCACGCGUGCGGUUAUUGUACACUUGGAUGUGGAAGCUGCGGUAAGAAAGGACCGACGGAGAGUUGGCUUCCUGAUGCUGCUCGGCACGGUGCCAAAUUUGUUGAAGGCUUCCAAUGUGAGAAGAUAAUCUUCGCCGACGAUAAGACAACAAAGGGCAAUAAGAUUGCCAUCGGCGCCCAAGGCAUUUGGACCUCCAGAGAUGAAAACAGCGGUGUUUCUGGACAGGUUUACAGGCGUCCUAUAACAGUUUAUGCCAGGCGUGCCGUGGUCACGGCCGCCGGAGCGCUGGGAGGUACUGCGUUGCUUCUUCAGCGAAGCGGCAUUCAGAAUCCUCAUCUCGGCAAACACUUGAAAUUACACCCCGUGAAUACACUAUUCGGUGUCUUCGAUAAGGAUAUCAUGCCUUGGGAAGGUGGUAUCCUCACAUCGGUUGUCGACGAAUACGAAAACAUCAACUCAACAGGCUAUGGCUGCAAGCUGGAAGGUGUCAGUAUGCUCCCUGGCAUGGCACUUCCUUUGAUGCAAUGGAAAUCUGGUUUAGAGUGGAAGGUACAUGCUGCAAAAUUCAAGCGCAUGGCUGGUUGGAUUUCUCUCGCUAGAGACAAAGGUGAAGGCGAAGUCUACGCUGACCCAACCGACAAAUAUCGAGUCAGAGUCAAAUACGACACAGCAAAGUCGGACCAGAAGAACAUUGCAGUCGGCCUUGUCGCACUCGCAAAGAUCGCCUUUGUCGAAGGUGCACGCGAGAUUCACGUCGGUGUUGCGGGCGUACCUCCCUUCAUUCGCCGCCAAUCUGUCAAAACGUACACAUCGGCGAUCGAUGCCAGCCAGACUGGGGAAAACAAUGGAGUCGCGGCAGGCAUAAACGAUCCCUCAUUUUUACAGUGGCUCUCCCGUCUAGAGCUGUUUACUGUCAACGGGCUGCCCGCAGACGCUUCCCAGUGCUCAGCACAUCAAAUGGGUACAGCAAGGAUGGGUUCCUCACCCACGAACAGUGUAGUGAACUCGCGGGGUGCGGUGUGGAACACAAGAGGACUUUACGUCGCCGACACUUCUGUUCUACCUGCAGCAAGCGGUGUGAAUCCUAUGAUCACAGGCAUGGCAGUUGCAAGAGGUAUUGCUCGAAGUAUCGUAGAAGAUUUGGGCCUCCCUCCAACACAAGAAGCACCCAAGUCGAAGCUGUGA